GUGCUUUCAUGGCAUUGACAACCCAAAUCCACUUCUGGUGGUGCCCUUCCGUCAAUUCACAGACCAUAACGGUUUGUGCCCGGCACUAUUAAUUUUAGGAAUUAGCCUUUUUUUAGGUUGUCCAAAUAUGGCUGUGGUGAAACUGCCCCAUAAAGCCCGGCCAAACAAAAGAUUCAGUGUUCCGGGACCUGUCAUGCCUGUGAAUGCCAAAAAGAGGCUUCGCACAAUAAUCUUACAAAAACAAAAUUUCAGGUUGCAGCACCCUGAAACCUUUGAUAACUUCUUUUGGUUUGUGGCGGAGCGACAUCGUAUCCAUUGCCUGCGCAUUGCCGGGCGGAAUCCACCAUGGACCGAAGAUGAAAUCCUGGCCGAGUAUGCAUUCACGAAUGUCUUCCGUGUAUUCGAUCGGGUAACACAAUACAUUUUGUGCAAUGUGGUUGGGAAGGGUGACGAAGGGCUCGACGACGCCGUGUUCAGGGUUCUCCUAUUCCGCACCUUUAAUCGGAUCGAGACUUGGGAGCUGUUAGAAGCAGAGUUAGGCACAUUAACGUGGCGGGAGUUUGACGUUGACAAGUAUGAGGAGAUCCUGGUGGAAGCGGCUGAUCAAGGUCCACUCUACGGAUCUGUCUACAUCAUACCGGCGCCUGACUUGGGAUGGGGAAGAAACUAUGCUAACCACCUUCGCCUCAUCAAGCUUAUGAUGGAUCAGGGUCUCCCCGGCAAACUCCAGAAGUUCGAAUACUUGCGUGACGCGCAUGGAUACUUGUGUCUUUAUCCUGGCGUUGGGAACUUCACAGGGUUUCAGUAUCUUCUGGAUCUAAAUAUGCUUCCAUACUACAACUGGGAUGAGCAUCUAUGGGCUGCCCUUGGUCCUGGGUCAAAAUCGGGGAUACAAAAGAUGUUCGGACCAUCAGUAAGAGGACAAGAAGACGCCGCGCUCGAGUUCCUCCAUGACAGCUUGCCAUCACAUUUCGCUCGCCUCGGUAUCGUCGCUGAUAACAUUCCCAGGCUAUGCGAUGGCCGUCCUCCUGGUUUAUCGAUGGUAGACUUAGAGCAUUCGUUAUGCGAGUACGACAAGUAUUGCCGUGCACGAUUUCCGCUGGCCAAGGGAGGAGCGCGAACCCAUUUGCGGAACAAAUUCAAUCCGAAUCCUAAUAAGCCUACGGCGGAACUUCCCGCCAAGUGGACCAGCGUCCAAAAAGCUCUGACGCUGUCAAAACCGCCUGCCGUGAAGCUGAAAAAUGGGGAGCCAUACUACGAAGUUUCGCACAUUGUAGCAGAGAAGGAGAGGUGUAACGCGACGGCGAGGCGAUAUCUAGUUCGCUGGAUGGGGUGGGGCCCGGAAGACGAUGUCUGGAUGUCAGAGAAUGACUUGGUGGAUGCACCAAGCCUGCUGCGGAACUGGAACAAGUUAAAGGAGGGCAUCGAGAAGGGCGUGGCCGAAUUACGUGCCAAAGUACCCAAACCUUUAACCAAUUUGGCAAGGCGACGCCGCGACUCGUCCAGCAGGGCCAUAUGAUUUGAUAUACCUGACAGCCAGUAUGCAUGGUUGUAGCAUGCUGUCACCAUGCUGCAGCUGCGAAGUUUUGUUAGGUUGGCCUCAUGGACGUUUUGGAUUUAUCCUGGGAAGUGUUAGCUUGGGAUUUCUUGGUAAAGGCUAUAAUGCCUCAGAUCUUGGAUUUGUAUCUUGAAUUUCUUGGGUUAUGUAUGAUAUAUCUAUGGUAAUUCCCGUACCUCACUUCUUGGAUUAGUGUAUAUAGUCUUCUGUAUAUAGUUGUAAAUAUCUUGCUCUCAUAGUGUAUAUAGCUUCACAUAUCUAAAAAUAGAUCAAAAAUGUUGUUUGUUGUACUUCUC